AUGGUAGUUUAUCUUGAAGAAUGUAAUCAAUGCUACUCAUAUAAGUUAUCUCUUAAAUUUGUGAGUAAAUUCAGAGAAGAAGUGAUUGACAUCCUAGGAAAAAAUGUCUGUGCCACUUGCCAUGAACAAGCCACCUGCCAAGAAAUAGGAGGGAAGAAGGUCUGUAUGUGCAACUAUGGAUUUGUGGGCAAUGGGAGGACCAAGUGUGUUGAUAAGAAUGAAUGUCAGUUUGGAGCCACUGUGGUCUGUGGGAACCACACUUCUUGUCACAACACACUGGGAGGCUUCUACUGCAUUUGCCUGGAAGGAUACCGAGCCACGAACAACGACAAGACCUUCAUUCCCAAUGAUGGCACCUUUUGUACAGAUGUAGAUGAGUGUGAGAUUUCUGGCCUGUGCAGACAUGGAGGACGAUGUGUGAACACUCCUGGGAGCUUUGAAUGUUACUGUAGAGAUGGCUACUUGCCAGAGAAUGGGCCCCAGCCUUUCCAGCCAGCCAGAGACGCCACUUCAUGCACAGAAAUAGAUUGUGGCACCCCUCCUGAAGUCCCAAAUGGCUAUGUCAUCGGCAAUUAUACAUCGAAGAUGGGCAGCCAGGUUAAUUAUAUUUGCAAAGAAGGAUUUUUCAGUGAUUCAGAAGAUACAGUUUCAGUCUGCACGGCCUUAGGCACAUGGGAGUCCCCAAAAUUAUAUUGCCAAGAGAUCGACUGUGGCAGUCCUCCGGAAGUGCAGCACGCGGUCCUGGAGAGGAAUCCCGGCUCCAGCCUGGGCAGUGUGGCUCACUACAUUUGUCAAGAGGGCUUUGAGAGCCCUGGAGGGAAGAUCACUUCCGUGUGCACAGAGAAAGGCAUCUGGAGAGAAAGUACUCUGAUGUGCACAGAAAUAAUCACGGAAAUUAGUGAUGUAUUAGUAUUUAAUAACACUUGCAUGAGGUGGAAAAUAAACCCAAGAAGAAUGAAUGCCAAGACUGUGUAUGUGAUAUCCUUUAAAGGGCAACGGUUGGACACUGUGGAAUCAGUGCACCAGAAGACAGUCAACUUGACUUCUGACAGCAGGACCCCAGAAAUGUGCCUAAACCUGUAUCAAGGCACCAAUUACACUGUGAGCAUUUCUACUGCCCCUCCUGGACGCUCUGUGCCAGCCUUCAUUGUGUUCCAAACAGCUGAAGAUGACAUCUUAGAAGAUGAUGGAAUUUUCAGUAUUUUGAUACUUAAUGAAACUUGCUUGAAAUUGAAGCGGCAUCCCAAGAAAAUUGGUUCAGAACAAAUGUACCAAUUUCAAGUUCUGGGUCGAAAGUGGUAUCUGAAUAACUUUUAUCAUCUAUUGUCAUUUAACUUCACUGCAAGGGAACGAGCUCCAGUGGUGUGUUUAGAUCUGUACCCUGCAACUGAUUACAGGGUCAACAUCACCCUGCUGGCGUCUCCCACGCAGCACUCAGUGCAAAUUAGGAUGACCACUCUACCAACCGUGAAACAGACCAUCAUUAACAUUUCAAUAUUUAAUGAAACUUGCUUGAGAUGGAAAAGUAUGAAGAUAGCAGAUAUAGAGGAAAUGUACUUCGUCCACAUUUGGGGCCAGAGAUGGUAUCAGAAGGAAUUUACCCAGGAAAUGGUCUUUAAUAUCACUACCAGCAGCCAGGCUCCUGAGAUGUGCUUGGACCUUCGUCCAGGUACCAACUACAAUGUCAGCCUCCAGGCUUUGUCUUCAGAACUUCCUGUGGUUAUCUCCCUGACAACACAGAUAACAGAACCUCCCCGUCCAGAAGUAGAAUUUUUAACAGUACACGGAGGGCCUCUGCCAAGUCUGAAACUACGCAAAGUGAAGGAAAAAAAUGGACCUAUCAGUUCUUAUCAAGUGCUAGUGCUUCCCUUGACUCUCGAAAGCACAUUUCCUUGUGAUUCUGAAGCAGCUACCUCAUUCUUUAGCAAUGGCACAGAUGCUGAUGGAUACGUGGCAGCAGAACUAUUGGCCACAGACGUUUCUGAUGAUGCAAUGGAGAUAUCUAUUGGAGACAGGCUGUACUAUGGGAAAUACUACAAUGCCCCCUUGAAAACAGGGAAUGAUUACUGCAUUAUAUUACGAAUCACAAGUGAAUGGAAUAAGGUGAGAAGAUACUCAUGUGCAGUGUGGGCUCAGGUAAAAGAUUCAUCCUUCACACUCCAGCAUAUGGUGGGUGUUGGACUGGCCUCCAUAGCUGUUGUGAUCAUCCUGGCAUUCCUGUCCUUUUCGGCAGUGUGGUAUGUGGCACUGUCAUGUUUAAGGAAUGAGUGGAAUGGAGGGAGGAUGGGACUGGAGUAA